GUUGUGCCCUUCAAGUGUUCCCCAGUGUUGUGCCAACAACGGAUGACAACAAGAAUUCGACGAUUUACUACCUCCAGGAGUUAAAAGUCCAUCCCCCCGGGUGCCACAAUCGAUUAUCAGCUCUUGCUCCCAGGUGACAAGUGGUGGCAGCAGAACAUCCGGAUGAAUUAAUGAUAAUUAAAGAUGUGACAUUGAGAUCAUCUUUAUUCGAUGCAUCAUUGAUGAUAAAUAAGUUCAUAAAAAGUGAAACAAUCGAAUAAUCCAAUAAUACAAAAUAUUAACUUAAUCAUUAAAUUAAUCAGUUGAAAAUUGUGUGAGUGAAACCAGUGGUGGAUUCCAAAGACAGUCAAUUUGGAUCGAUAAAUCCCCAAAAAAUAGUGUAAAUGCAGUUGCAGUUAUCUUUAUGAGUCUGUUAACUCCCAAUCGAGGGAGAAUGGUGUCCCAUUCGCUGGCAGUAACAGGGGAUAUGCAACAGGGAAUAGGGAGUUCCGCCCUCGGUGGCAUGCAGGACUCUUCCCAUUCCUUAAAAAUAAAGCAAGAGCCCUUCCAACUCUCGCCAAACUCAUCACUCCAUCAAGUAAGCAACUUCGUAUCAGACAUGACGCCAAGUAUAAUGUCAACGUCUUCAUCGAAGGAGCUUGACGUAAAUUUCACUAGAUCCCUGACAGCCCACCACCUGUCAGCCACCCAUCAUCACCACGAUCAUCACAGUCCCAGAUCUGGAAUUUCCCUCCACUCAUCUGUUUCAACUCACCUCAACCAUCAUCAUCAUCUGGACAAGGGAUCAUCGCCCCCAGGACUUCAUAACUCAACGAACAGUAAUUCCUCGACACCAAGUGCAUCCUCAACACCAACGGCAACAACUGAAACAGGGAACAUAACUCCAAAUGGUAACGAGGCGUCUUCCACAACGGUUAAGCCACCGUUUAGUUACGUUGCUCUUAUUGCCAUGGCUAUUAAUCAUAGUCCACACAAAAGAGCUACUCUCAGUGAAAUUUAUUCCUACAUCACAACGAAGUUUCCUUAUUACGAGAAAAAUAAAAAGGGAUGGCAGAACUCGAUUAGGCAUAAUUUAUCGCUCAAUGAGUGCUUCGUCAAGGUGCCCAGGGAAGGUGGAGGAGAGAGAAAAGGCAACUUCUGGACGCUCGAUCCCCAGUACGACGAUAUGUUCGAAAACGGUAACUACAGACGGCGAAAGAGAAUGAAGAGACCGUACAGAAGUGCGUCUUACCAUAAAUCAAUUUUUGGCGAGCCCUAUUCAGCAUCUCAUGUGCAUCUCGGUGCAACCAGGAACCUAUUUGGGCACUCACCACCUUCUUAUGCGCCCACUGCCUACACAAGAUACGAUACAAGCACAUGGGGUCUCCAGCAACCCCAACUGUCCUACAGCCACUGCCAAGCGCUUCAGCCCCAGCUGCAGCCGAUGCAGUCGAUGCAAAUACCGACGAUGAAUGGUUAUGGCCAAUUCAAUUCCUUGAGGUUUCAAGGCAAUUACCUUGACGUUUCAGGCGGCAGCUCUGGAUCACCAGGUGGCAUGGGGGCUGGAACUUUUACUAGUAAUUUUGGAGCCUGUGCGAGACGGCAUGAUGGAUAUUGGGGAGACAUGGUACCUAUCAAAGAAGAGCCCGGCACUUCGACAGUGACCUCAGCAGGCGUGGGGUCCCUAGGAGUCGGUGGUAGCGUAAUGGGUCCAGGAAUGUCAUCCACAGUAUCAUCAUCAGGUUUUUCCACCGUUGACUUUCAAGCUCGAUCAAAAUGUUACAUGUGAAUCUCUCUAUUAAGAAAAAAGUCAUUGCAAAAGUUCAUUAAGUCCCUCUGACAAACCGUCGCAUCCGGCAUCCGACGGCUAAUGCUCUCGCCUCGACGAGACGUCCAAUACGUCUAAAGACUUUCCCAAAUGAUGAUGGGAGCGAGGGAGGGAGGGUAGAGAGGGCAUGCAAGUUUUUAAAUUGAGUUGAUUCUCAUGUGGGAAAAAUUAUUCUUAGGAGAAAAUAAAUGUCAGAAGUGCGAGCAGUUAUAGAAAUUGUGAUGUCAACGCCCAUGUAAAUGUGUAUCUUCACUUGGUACAAUUGAGUUCUCUUCAAUCUGUUGAGACUAGUGUAAUUUACGAUUUAGGUAUUGAUCUAGAUUUUUUUUUCUUUUUUUUUCCGCUCGAAGAUCUCCUAGUUCUUUCGUAUUUUUUCUUAUAUUAUGAAUUCAUCAUUAUAUUCAUGGUUAAAGAUAUUAUAAAUGGAGAGAAAUCUCUUGAGAAAUCUCUUGAGUCUGUAAGAAUGUCAUAAGAUAUCGGUGUAAUCUGUUGGAAUAAAUAUCAUUUAUUUAUCAUGA